AUGUCAGCAACAUGUAAAGUAGGAGACAACCUAAGCUUAAACGAUGAAACUAAUCAACCCUUGUCACCUCCUCCUGCACUACAAGACCAAAACUAUGCAGCCAAUUCAGUGAAGAUGCUGAUCUCAGAGCUAAGAGUUCAACGAGGAAUAGCCCUUCCAAUGGUAGCCAUGAAUUUGGCUUGGUUUGCCAAGACAGCCAUCACAACAGCUUUUUUAGGCCGUCUCGGGGAGCUCAGCUUAGCAGGUGGAGCUCUCGGCUUCACUUUUGCUAAUGUCACUGGCUUCUCUGUUCUCAACGGUAUAUGCUGUGCCAUGGAACCCAUAUGUGGCCAGGCUCAUGGUGCCAAAAACUUCAGGCUCCUUCACAAGACCCUUCUCAUGACAAUCUUAUUGUUGUUAUUGGUAUCGCUUCCCAUCACUUUCUUGUGGCUUAAUGUUGACAAAAUUUUGAUUAAUUUUGGCCAACAGCAAGACAUCUCCAUUGUGGCCAGGACCUAUGUUUCCUCUCUCAUACCCGACUUGUUUGUUGCCUCGCUCUUCUGUCCCUUAAAGGCCUACUUGAGCUCUCAGAGCAUAACUCUUCCCACCAUGUUUAGUUCGGCUGUGGCACUAGCUUUCCACAUACCAGUUAACAUAGUGCUCUCAAAGACCAUGGGCCUCAGAGGAGUCGCCAUGGCGGUUUGGAUUACUGAUCUUAUUGUUGUGAUCCUGCUAGCCAUUUAUGUUUUAAUUAUUGAGAACAAAAAGGGAAGCAUGUGGAAGGAAGGAGGGUGGUGGGAUCAGAGCGUUGAGGAUUGGAUCAGGCUGGUGAAGCUUUGUGGAUCAUGCUGCCUCAACACGUGCCUUGAAUGGUGGUGCUAUGAGAUCCUGGUUUUGCUUACUGGCCACCUCAAGAAUGCUAAGCAAGCCGUGGGAGUUUUGGCCAUUGUGCUAAACUUCGACUAUUUGCUUUUCUCAGUGAUGCUGUCGCUGGCCACAUGUGUUUCCACCCGUGUCUCAAAUGAGCUUGGUGCUAACCAAGCUGGCCUUGCUUACCGAUCAGCGUAUGUGUCUCUGACAUUGGGUUUUAUCUCUGGUUGCAUAGGCAGUUUGCUGAUGGUGGCUGCCAGGGGAAUUUGGGGGCCACUGUUUAGCCAUGAUAGGGGAAUUAUAAAGGGAGUAAAUAAGACAAUGUUGCUGAUGGCUGUGGUGGAAGUGUUUAAUUUUCCUUUGGCAGUUUGUGGAGGCAUAGUUCGAGGAACAGCACGACCUUGGUUGGGCGCAUAUGCGAAUCUAGGUGGAUUUUAUUUCCUGGCCUUGCCACUUGGUAUUGUUUUUGCCUUCAAACUCCGUCUUGGCCUUGUUGGACUCUUCAUUGGACUUCUUGCUGGUAUAGUUACCUGCUUGACGUUGUUAUUGAUAUUCAUUGCACGGUUAAACUGGGUGGAAGAAGCCGCCAAGGCACAAACACUGACAAGCAUCGAGCAGGUUAAGGAACUUCCCAAAUAUGACGCAGAAACACGAAUAGACGCCCGUGAAAAAGUAUAAGUGUAUCAAAGUAAUUACAAAUUAUCAUCUUCAUCUAACCAUGUUCAUACGUAUCUCCAACCACCGGGCCUAAACGAAAAAGACAUUGGAGGCCAUACAUACAAUAUCUCAGUUGCUUGUCGUGUCAUCCCCCAUUUUUGUUAUUCAGUGCUCAAGGACUUUCUUAAAAAUCCCUUUAAAGCAACCCAUAUGAUUUACCAGUCAUUUUAUGUCCCUU